GCAGUUUAUGUCCGGCACGGAGACAAAAUAGACGCAAAAUAUGUUUUCCUGAAAAACGUACCUUAGAAUAGAAGUGCACUUAUCUUGAAAACACUUCACUUGCCUUGCAUGAAAACAUGCUCUAAAUGAUCAGCGAAGAUUACUCGAUGUAAAGUGCCAAGAGGUAAUGCGAUACAAUGACAAAAAAUGAUUUCUGGACGAUCGAAACGGGAGCCUCCGAUAGAAUCUUCUUCGCCUUCCUCGUCCGAGCCAGCAUGAGAUUCGCCUGUUUUUUCUGAGAUGCCGAGGCGAUCUCCCGCUCUUCAAGUGCCCUCUUAGCACGAGAACACAGAUCGCAAAAGCCGUCAGAUGCAGGUGCCGGCCCAUAACAGCUGUGCAGCUACCGGUGACUGCUGCAUGCCCUUGUUGCUGCCGGCUACCGCCACUGUGGGACCGCUCCUCCCUGGAGUGCAGCUAGCUGGCUCCUCGUCGCUGCUGCUGCUGCCGGCUACCGCCACUGUGGGACCGCUCCUCCCUGGAGUGCAGCUAGCUGGCUCCUCGUCGCUGCUGCUGCUGCCGGCUACCGCCACUGUGGGACCGCUCCUCCCUGGAGUGCAGCUAGCUGGCUCCUCGUCGCUGCUGCUGCUGCCGGCUACCGCCACUGUGGGACCGCUCCUCCCUGGAGUGCAGCUAGCUGGCUCCUCGUCGCUGCUGCUGCUGCCGGCUACCGCCACUGUGGGACCGCUCCUCCCUGGAGUGCAGCUAGCUGGCUCCUCGUCGCUGCUGCUGCUGCCGGCUACCGCCACUGUGGGACCGCUCCUCCCUGGAGUGCAGCUAGCUGGCUCCUCGUCGCUGCUGCUGCUGCCGGCUACCGCCACUGUGGGACCGCUCCUCCCUGGAGUGCAGCUAGCUGGCUCCUCGUCGCUGCUGCUGCUGCUGCUGCUGCUGCUGCAUACUACAGCACGACCGCUCCUUCUCCUCCCUGCAUGGGCGCGGCCAGCCGGCUGCCAGUCGCUGCUGCUGCUGCUGCCCGAUUGA